AUGAGACCAUUUCUAUGUGUUCUCCGGGUCGGCAUGUCGGCGCUGUACCCAGGCAACUCCAUGGCAACACAUGACGACGUCUUGCAUUUCCUUACCGAGGCUGCCCCGCACGCGACGCAGCGACUUAUCGAUGCGGGCAUCGCUGCAGCUCCGGAGGACGAACGAGAGCACUCAAGAGCGAUGGUCGAGCUGCACCGGGGGGAGUAUGCGCGCCAAUUCCAGUCACGCGUCGGGCAGGACUACAGCAAGACAGAGGAUCUCUUACAACGCCCGAAUCGGAGCUUGUCGGGCAUACGAUAUGCAUUCCCCCUAUACAAGGUCAAUGCACGUGGACGACCACGCCGCGCCUCUGGUGUGGGAUGGGGGGGUGCUCGACGCGGUGCAGCAUUUGUGCAACUGCGCAGAGCAGGCGAGCAACAAUUGCACGGGGGUGUGGGAGGGUGCACGACGGUCACAGAAGCGGAGAGGGCCGACCGACAAACAACUAAUGAAGUGACCGACGUCGGAGCAUCUGAAGUGGGGGGGGCGACACCAGACAACGAGGGCACGGCACCAUCCAUCAUGUGCGAGGCAACGACUGGACCGCCGCCAACCCCCACAGAGCCACUGUCCACUCCGAUUCACCUGUCAUCCUGCACUCAGCACCACAACCUCGGUAGGCAGACGACGGAUGAAGUGACAGGCGUCGGAGGAGCGGAUGUGGGGGGGGCGACGCCGUACAACGAGGGCACUGCGCCGUACGUCAUAUGCGAGGCAACGACUGGACCGCCGCCGACCCCCACGGAGCCAUCAUCCACUCCAACUCAUGAGUUUGAUUCUUUUGUUUCUGUGAUCAGAUGA